AUUAAGAAACUCAUUCGAUUCAACUACGCUACACGUAAACUUCCGUUGCGUUUGACAAGUCAUAUCCGCCUAAAUUUUAAGGUAAAACUCUAUAAAAUCGUUUAUUUUCUCUGAAAAUUCUAUUACAAUAGUUUUAAAAGAUUUCGAAUGUUUAUGUUGUUGAGAUCAAGUUUCCAAGAAAUACGUAUUUACUUGAUUUGAAGUAAUUUUGAGCGAUAUUAUAAGAAAUCAAUGUUCACUUGCAUUUAUUAAUAUAUUUCAUUAUAGAUCAUCUACUAUCUAAAUACGAAUUUUUUAAAUUCAUUUUAUCUUUUAAAUCGCAAACAAACAUAUAUUUUUACCAUCAAGUAUAUUUGUUGACGUUUCCAAUCAGCAUGUUUCUUUUUAUAAAUACUAAAAAGAGAAAAAAAUUAGUGUUCAUUUACUUAUACAAAAUAUUUCCAAGAAAAUUAAAAGCAUAACAUAAAAAGAGCAAACAAAUUCUUGGAGAGGAUAUCAUUUAAAUUAGUUAGCUUUAGAUAAUUGUGAAAGUGAUUGAAAACUUGAAGAAUUUGUUUGCUCAAACAGAAUGACUUCCGAUGAUGAGGAACCGAAGAAGAGAAAGGUCAAAACAGCGUAUGACGUACAGAGAAUUCGUUUGGAGAAAUUAAUGAAUAAUCCUGAAAAGGAGGUUGUCAUACCAGAAAUUGAAGAAAACACAAAGUUACCCAAAUGUUUUCAACCACCCGAAUUUGUGAAUAAUGUUUGGGGAUCAAGUGCUGGAGCAGGAUCCGGUGAUUUUCACUUAUAUAGGGCAGUUAGACGUAGGCAAUAUGCCCGAGAAAAGUAUAUGAAUGUUCAAGCAAAAAUUGAAAAAAAAGAUAAAGAGUAUAAGGAAAAACUUGAACGAAAUGAACGUGAAGCAGAGGAGAGAACAGCAAAGAAGAGAGCAAAGCGACUUAAAAAGAAAAACAGAAUUAAGAAAGCGAAAAUGAUGAAAAAAAAUAAUCCAAACCAAAAAGAAUCGGAUUCAGAUGAUAGUGACGACAAUACUGACGGUGGUGAGAGCAAACAGAAUGAGGACGAUAAACAAGAUGAUAAAGAUGAAAAGAACGAUAACGUCUCAGAAGAAGUUGAAAAGGAAAAGUCAAAAGAUGAAAGUGAGCACGAAGAAAAGGAGCAAGCUUGA